CACAAGACAGGUGGCAAGACACAGCAAAGAUGAUGUACUGCCCGCCCAACAUUACUUUCGACCAUAUAUGGGUUAACCAUGGCAUAUCUCACUGCUUCCUGGAUACUGUCACUUCUGCAGUCUAUGCCUUAUUCAUCACCAUCUUUGGGGGAGGCCAAUGGCUCAUGUACCGCAAGUAUGCCACCAUGACAGAUCAGUACCUGCGGCCAAAGUCUGUGCUCUUUGGGAUCCAAGUCGCAUUAACAAUUCUCAUGGUUUUCAUAGCUACGGCAAGGCUUAUUCUACAAGCCACAAUUAUUGGUGACCGCACACUCUACGGGUAUAUGAUUGUAUACCACGUGUGCAACUUGGUGUGCUGGCCAUUAUCACUAAGAAUAAUAUUCCUGGAGCGCAACUAUCUCCUACCCACUGUGCCCACAAGAGGACAUGGAGUUGUGCUUCUCAUUUUCUGGACUCUUGUUUUCGUCAGUGAGAAUCUCGCUUUCCUCAAUUUACGCAAUGAAGAUUGGUGGUUUGACCUGACCACGAUAACAGACAAGUUGGAAUUUGUCCUCUUCAUUCUCCGAUAUGUGGGUGGCUGCCUGCUCUUCAUUUUGGGUCUGAAAGCACCAGGAAUCUCUACCCUUCGCGACUAUGUUAACUUUGGAGGAACAAUUAAUAACCAAGAGGAGCAGGAUCAAGGACAGGCACAGAACAGGAACAAUAGUGAAGGUUCAACAUGGCGAAAUACAUGGAAAAAGAUGCGCAUUCUCCUGCCCUUCAUGUGGCCCAAGAAGAGUCACCUCCUGCAGUUGUCCGUCUUCUUUUGCUUCGUGUUGCUACUGGCUGGGAGAGUGGCCAAUGUCUUUGUGCCCAUUUUAUACAAACUUAUUGUUGAUGCUCUUGGAGGCAGUGGUGGAAUCCCAUAUUUCUGCUGGGAAUAUGUCCUCAUCUAUGUCGCCCUAAAGUUUCUUCAGGGAGGUGGCACAGGAGGCAUGGGCUUGCUGAAUAACCUCCGCUCACUUCUAUGGAUAUCAGUCCAGCAGUAUACCAGCAGGGAGGUUCAAAUUCAACUGUUUUCACAUCUACACAAUCUGUCGCUAAGGUGGCAUCUGAGUCGUAAAACUGGGGAAGUUUUACGAGUUAUGGACCGCGGCACAAAUUCUAUCAACACCCUUCUGCAAUAUAUAAUAUUUAACAUUCUGCCUACAGUAAUUGACAUCAUUGUUGCUGUCAUAUACUUCACAGCAGCAUUCAAUUAUUGGUUUGGUAUUAUUGUGUUUGUCACCAUGGCAACUUAUUUAGUUAUCACAAUCAUUAUGACUGAAUGGCGGACCAAAUACAGACGUAACAUGAAUUUAGCAGAUAAUGAGCAAAGAGCUCGAGGUGUAGACUCUCUUCUCAACUUCGAAACUGUGAAAUAUUAUGGUGCUGAAGACUAUGAAGUAAACAGGUAUAAAGAAGCUGUACUGAAUUACCAGAUAGAGGAGUGGAAGAGUAAUGCAUCUCUAUGCUUCCUGAACACAAUUCAGAAUUUUGUAAUUAAUGGAGGUCUCUUAGCUGGAUCUAUGCUGUGUGCCUGGAUGGUGGCAAAAGACAAAGGCCUGACUGUUGGAGAUUAUGUUCUCUUUUCAUCAUACAUCAUGCAGCUGUAUACACCUCUUAACUGGUUCGGAACUUAUUAUCGUAUGAUUCAGCAAAAUUUUGUGGAUAUGGAGAACAUGUUUGACUUGCUAGAAGAAAAGCAAGAGGUUCUGGACAAGCCAGAUGCUGACAUCAUGGUAUUACCACAAGGCAAAAUUGAAUUCAACGAUGUAUCAUUCCAUUAUAGUCCCGACAGACCUAUCUUGAAAAGCAUCUCUUUCCUAGUGGAGCCUGGGAAAACAGUUGCUAUUGUUGGACCAACAGGCAGUGGUAAGAGUACAAUCAUUCGACUUUUGUUCCGCUUUUAUGAUGUCACAGGUGGAUUCAUAGCCAUUGAUGGUAAAAAUGUAAAAGACUAUACCCAAAAAUCAGUGCGGCAGUCAAUUGGAGUUGUCCCUCAAGACACUGUACUAUUCAAUGAGACUAUUUUCUAUAACAUCCAUUAUGGCAAAGUAACAGCAACUGACACUGAGGUGAAAGAAGCAGCCAAAAAUGCUGACAUACAUGACAAGAUUCUCACUUUUCCUGAUAAGUUUGAUACAAAGGUUGGAGAGAGAGGUCUCAAGCUUAGCGGAGGUGAAAAGCAGCGUGUGGCUAUAGCAAGGACCUUGUUAAAGAACCCAGCUUUCAUUUUGCUAGAUGAAGCUACCAGUGCACUUGAUACACAAACAGAAAGGAAUAUCCAGGCUGCAAUACAAAAAGUUUGUACUGACCGAACAGUGAUUAUUGUUGCCCAUCGCCUGUCCACCAUAAUUCAUGCUGACACAAUUCUAGUUCUGCAAGAAGGGGAAAUUAUAGAAAGAGGAAGCCAUGAAGAUCUGAUAAGUAGAAGUGGAGUGUAUAGCAACAUGUGGCAGCAGCAGUUAGAAGCCAACAACAACACUGAUGGUAAUGGAAACACCAGCGUAGAGGCAGAAGGUGAGGAGGAGGCUCAGCCACAGAGUCCAGAAAAGAGUGACCAGCAGAAAACGAAGUUAUAACAACACUGAUGUCGUAAUAGCUAUAUUUCUGUGAUUUGCCAGUAGUCAGGAAUUAUUUGUUAUUGAUGUAUAUUUAUUUCGUAAAGUAAGUUAUUAAGUAGGAUAAAUUUCUUCAAACAGCAGUUUAGUUCCUUGAUAUGUAUAGUUUAGUUAUAGAUACAGUGGUAAUGAUGAAAGAUUAUACAUGUCAUUUUUAAUUAUUCUUCAAAAUGAAACUAGCAAAGAGGCUACUUAUAACAUGGCAUUAUCCUUGUACAGUAGUAAAAUAUAAUUCAAAUGGUUUUAUGAUACAUACAGUAUAGGCUAUGCAUUCACAAUAUAGCCAUAGAUAAUCAUGAAACAGUUAGUACUGAAUGUUUCAGAUAUUUCAAAAUUGUAUGUUGGUGAGCUUUUAGAUUGAUUUUAUGAACAUUUCAAGAUUAUUGAAUUCUUAUGUAUAUAAAAUUGUCUAAGAGAUAAAAAUAAAAAUCCUCUAUUUUA